AUGCAUAAUUUCUGUGCUACCACCACCCCAUCCCGUCCGAUCCUUAAACCGCUGAGACCGUCCGAUCUUGUUCGAAAGUUCACCGACAACUUGACGAGCGGAACGAACGCCGUCUACGCACUGAAACGUCUCUUCGAACUGCCGUGCCAGCUGGAAGUUUUCGAAAGAUUCGGAACGGAAGAGGCCGCGCGCAAGUACAUCAACGUGCACCCGAUGGCCGUCAUCGACGUUUUGGACAAGUUGGCGAGCCUACGAGAGCAGAGAACCGCCAAAUUGGGCGUCGAGGAGGGAAGACUCGAGCUGGACGGGAUUGGAUUCGCCAAGAACGAGAUCGAGGAGCGGAAGAAGGCGCAGGAGGGCAGGGAUCAGAACGAGAACGAUCGGAUCUUCCUGUCGGCGUUCCAGACGAUGCGUUUGAGCCAAGUGAAGGCCUCUGUCAAAGUCGACUACUCCAAGUUCAAGAUCACGAAACGGACUAAAUAA